UCAACCCCAAUCUAUAUACCAUCUAUUCACACUCUAUAUCAAUUCCGACCAGACGAUCUUCGAUCUAAGUGAAAUCCAAAAUGAGCAGUCCAGGAGCCGGCUUUGAAUAUCCUCCCACCGAGGUAUCGUGGACAAAGCGCGAUGUUUUGCUCUUUGCCAACACCAUAGGCUGUACUUCUGACGAGCUUCACUUCCUAUACGAACUCGAUCCUAAUUUCUCAGUGUUCCCGACUUACCCGGUCAUCCUCCCUUUCAAAAAGAACCAGCAGGAAGUCGUCGAUUUCUAUGCCGCCGAGAAGGCAGUAAAGAUUCCCGGCGUGCCCGAAUUCGAUGCGCGACGAGUCGUCGACGGCCAGCGACUAGUCCAAUUCCUCAAGCCCCUCCCUACGACGUCGGCCGGCCGCAAGUUCGAGCUCCGAACCAAAGUCCUCGGUGUCUACGACAAGGGCCGACCGGGCUCCGUCGUCGAGAUUCAGCAGGAUCUAGUGGACGCCGAGACGGGCGAAGUCUACACGCGCGCCAUUGGCAGCUCGUUUUACGUCGCUCAGGGCAAUUGGGGUGGUCCCAAGGGCCCCGCGACCGAGAACUUCCCGCCGCCAAAGGACAAGAAGCCAGAUGUCGAGUUCGAGGACCAGACCAACGCGCAGACACCCCUACUAUACCGACUAAACGGCGACUACAACCCACUUCACGCGCACCCAGAGCCGGGCAAGAAGAUGGGAUUCGGCGGUGUUAUUAUUCACGGCUUAUACUCGUUUAACUCGGCUUGUCACGGCCUGCUACAAAAGUUGGGUGGCAGUGACCCGGCCAACAUCAAAGAGUUUCAGGCCCGAUUCGCAAGCCCUGUAAGACCUGGAGACAAGUUGAUUACAUCUGUGUGGAGAACUGGACAAAGGAAGGGAGAGUGGGAAGAAAUCAGGUUUGUGGUCAAGGUUGCGGGUGGAAAGGUCUGUUUGAGUAACGGACGAGCAUUGAUGAAGGUAGUGGGAGAAGCUAAGAGCAAGCUAUAAGCGAUGAUUUAUUUCAGUGGGUAAUUAGCACAAGUUUUUCAAAGAUUUCAAUCAGGUAUGAAUAGGUAGGUACCUAAUGUAAAAUAUGAGCGUAUGGCGAUUUCUCCUAGUCAAAAUAUAAGAACUUGGUGGUGUGUAACAAUUUCCCCCCCUGUGACGGGGUAACAACAACUUCUUGUAACAAAUAAAAAUUGUUG